AUGGCUGAUUCCUCUCAACAGCAUCCAAAAGUUACGUGCGCCAACGUUGAUCAAGAUGAAGAUGAUGGAGGGACUCCAUGUACUAAAAUCGCCUCGAAAGCUUGCAAUGGGUGCUUUCUGGUUCAAUAUUGCAGCAAAGAUUGCCAAGUUGAUGUGGAGAAACGACGUCCGGCAUUUAUUAGUGGCGACGAUGAUCCUGCUCUAGCUGAGCCGUGGGUAACUAUGGUACAACACGGAAGAAAGAAGCAUCUAUGGUGUAAUGUUCCUGCCAUUGAUAUAAUCCAGAGUUGCAAGAAUGAAGAAAAAGAUUUGCUAGAAGAACUCAAUCUUUUAUUUGCGGCAUCUGGGGAUAUUAGAAAUGUUGUAAAGUCUCUCGUUGAACUUCCAGUUACGUAUGAGGGCAAAUGUGAGCUUAUAAUUAACGACAAGGAUUUUGAUAUUGUCGCCCGAAAUGUAAUGUUGCUCUUCACAGCUCUCGUAUUCGACCCCAUUGGAGCAGCAGACAUCAUGAUUCACAUCUGGUACUCUGCAUUCAUACCCGAGUCGUACUUGCGGAAACUUCGAGAAAAAGUACUCCCGUUGAUUGAAGAUGUUUGUGAAAAAGUAGCUGGCCGCCCUGGGCAAUCUUUGCAAUCGAAAACGUGGACAUUCGGCACUCGCAGCAUAAGUUUGAUAUUGCCGAAGGCUUCUUGGGAUCUUCUUCCUUCGUUUUUCAAGGUUCCAGAUGGACUAUCAGCUAGCAAGGCACAGAAAGUAAUGGUUGACACUACAUUUCCACCCUCGAGAAGAGAUUAUGUCGAGCGAGAAUUUUAUACUCGACCACCUGCCUGGCGUGUCUGUGCUACUAAGUUCCGUACUGACGGCAUACUUCUUCCCUUCGGAAAUUCUCGCAAGGAUUUCACUAUGCCAAAUCCAACUUUGUUUCAGAGCACUGAAUUCUGGCCCAUGAUGGAUUCUGCCGACCCAUUGGAAGGAUGGCCUCUCGAAGAACACCUUUCUAAACCUUCACUGGCUCGAAACGAUAUCUAUGGCAGCCUUUACUUCUAUCUUCAAGACCAACUUCGAAGCUUUUGCAAGCGAAUUGAAAAUUUGAAAAUCCGCUUUCAACUAUUCGAACUUAAUGCAGUGAAUCUGCCAGGUAUCAUGAAGGAGCGUGGCAUUGGAAAAUGUUAUUUCGACAGAAUCGAGGUUUCAAACAUUGGAGACUGUGGCUACAUUGGACCUCGAAAACUUCUGAUGACUUUCGCUCCUUACCUGAAGCGUAAAUCACAGAAUCCGCACGCCACACUUCUUGCUUUAUUCCUCAACGCUGUCCACGAGAGCCGCACUGACAAGGACUACAUUGAUAGCAUAGAAACUGAUUCAGCAAAACUACAUAGGUACAUGACAAUUCAACGAGACAUGCUUCAGCCUUACAAUGCAGACUUUCUGAGAUACAAAGAUGCGCGAUCUCGGUUUCAAGACCUUGACGAGCUCUUUGAUAGGUUUAUGAAGGAAUGUUGCUUGCAUGAAAUCAGUCAAAUGGAAGGGUUAAGAAUAAAAACCAAGAACACAUUAGUUGAGAAAUGGCCUUUGAGGUUACGAAAUGGGGCAAAUCAGGAGGAAUUGAUAGGUUAA